AAGGUACAAAAUUGGGCAAAAAUCGUUCCUCAUUCCUCGCUCAACCGGAAUUGUAUCUCUCUGUUUUAUAAUCAUAGAAGAUAUUUUUUAUUAUAUUAUUAUUUUAAGCUCUUAAAAUAUGUAAAUAACUUUAAGUUUAAGAAAUACACAAGGAAUUGAUAGAAACAAAAAAACUGCAUUUUUUAGUUGAAUUUUUAAAGCAAAAAAGCAACACAUUUUUGCUGGUGAGAGGUUAACUUUUGCUAAAUCGAUAGCCUCAGCUACAACAACGAUACUAAAAAAAAAGCUAUAUAAUACCCACCAGAGAUACUUUGUGAAUGAAAACUCCUUUUAUAAUGCACCAAAACCAAACCCGUUGCACAAUACACGGUUUCAACUAUUAAUUUUACUGUCGGUCAACAUUUGUAUCUAUUUUAGACCUUAAUUUGUACAAAAUUUGUAUAGCAAAAAUGUAAAAAAAAAAAAAUAAAAUUAUAAAUAAAUAAACUGUAGAGAAAGCUUGUAACAAAGCAGCAAAAAAAAGGAGGAUACUUUUGUUGUUUUUUUUUUGUUUGUUUUUUGGCCUAAACAUAAAUUGCGAUUCUCUUGAAAACAAAAAGUAUCUUUUAGAUUAGGUUUUGAACUGACUCAUAGGUCCACCCAAAGAGAGUGUUUCGUUCACCGCCGCCUCCGCGGCCCACACGAAUACGAAUCUUUUGAUGAGGUUUCUGUUGUUUGUCUUUUUCCACCUUGUAAACUACAGCGGUCUUUUGAAUUUGUUCUUUUCAAUUUGAAAAAAGUAUCUAUGUGUCUAUUUAAUCGUUAUCCGGUAUCGGAAGUACGGUGCGUUGGUGUUCACUUCGAUUCUCCAUUUAUAUGCGGGUUUUGAUGUGCGUGAGUGAUCAAGCUUGUCCAACAACCGGCACAAUAACAGGCCCUUUUGUGCGACUUUGAAAAUUUUCAAUAUUCCACCAUCCACAUCAAUGUGCAUUAUUAUUGUGUCCGGCUCAAAAAAGGGCGUUUAUUCAUUCAUAAUUCGAUCGUAGAUUAUGAAAGUAUCUAACAGGUGAAAGAAUAUAUAUUCUCUUUGUGUGUGUGUUGUAUCUGUGUGUGCAAAAUAAAGUACAUCCUUUUACGGUUACGUCAUUAAGGAUUUACUUGGUUAAAGUUGUGACAAGUACUUUUGGUGUCUUACACAAAAAAAUAUACAACAUCACCUCGCAUAAAGCCAAUCCUUAUAGAAGAAGAGAAGACGAACACUAGUGUCCUCUUGUAGACGACGACUCUAUAUAAGAGUAGGGUACAACAGUGUAAAAAGAUAUAAAGGACAAAAGGACAUUCAACAAUUAUUAUCAUCAUCAUCAUCGCAUCGCAUCCUCAUCAUCAUCGUGUCGGUGUGUAGGAGGAGGCUGGAGGACAAGGCAAAUAGCAAAAAUCAUCCUUUUGCUUGCGCAUCAAGACGAGAGGAGCAGUGAGAGAAAAAGAGAGAGAGAGAUCCUUGCACAGAGUCAAAAAAGAAGAGCGGGGAUAUGAAAUGAUCUUUUUCAACUGAAACAAAUAUGGAACAAUGGUGCUAAAAACAUACAAGGAAUUGAUUAAAGAGGAUUUGAUAGAUGAUUUUUUUAAAAACUGGAACAACGUGAAACUAUUUUGGAUAUUUAUAUAAGGACACCCCUGAGCCAACUUGAAGAAAGGAGCAACAUCACCACCAAUCUCAACCACCAAGCAACUGCAAAAAAAAAAAACACAAAAGACAUCUUCUUCCAUUCACAGUCGGGGAGGGCGGGAGAUCUUUUGAAUUAAAAAAAAAAACGAAAUAAAAUAUUUAUCAAAUAAAAACUACAAAAAAAUAACAAGGAAGAAAAAAUGGGGCUACCACCAUCACCUUUAAGGCGAAGAAGCUGUCUGAUUGUGACAACUGUUAUUGUCCUGGUGCCUUUCACAGUGCUCGUGUUAAUUGUCGGUCCAGAUUUAUCAACAGAACAAACACUCUCCCAGCGACUGGCAGAAUACCAAAUGCGCCUGCAAUAUCUCGAAUCAAUGUACCGAACACGCCAAGAGGAUGUGGCGAUACUCUCGCAAUACCUCGGACUAUCUCAAAGUCCCACAAGCAGUACCAACAGUGGUCCCAGCAAUGACAACACCUCGCACAUACCAUUCAAUACGUCCUCCAUACUGGAGAACCUAAGUCCAGAAGCGAGAUUAAUAUUAAAAAAUUCCACCCUCUCAUCGAGAUUCCCAUCGAGCUUACGAAUGCCAACGGCAUUCCAUUUCCUGCCGCAUCUUCUCGACGAUCCAAUGUCGCUAAAACCAUCGUUCCUCAUGUCCAAGAGUCGAACUGGCGUUAGCAUUGUCCUCGGAGUUCCUACAGUCAAGCGUGACAAGCAAUCCUAUUUAAUGAGUACGCUCCAGAACUUAAUCACCAACAUGGAUGAAGUGGAGCAAAACGAAACCCUCAUUGUGGUCUUCAUCGGAGAAACAGACAUGGACUACAUUAGCCUCACAGCCAAGCAAAUCGAGGUACGCUUUGGCUCCUACAUCGAAAAUGGUCUCAUUGAUGUGGUUGCACCAUCGGUGUCCUACUAUCCGAAUUUUGAUAAACUCCGGAUAACGCUUAAUGAUCCGUUGGAACGAGUCAAGUGGAGAUCUAAACAGAAUUUAGACUUUGCCUUCCUUAUGGCUUAUGCCCAACCGAAGGGCACUUUCUAUGUCCAACUGGAAGAUGAUAUUCUGGCGAAGCGAGCCUUUGUGACAAUCAUGAAAAAGUUCGCCAUCGACAAGACGGCCGUAAGGGACAACUGGAUUGUUCUGGACUUUUGCCAGCUGGGUUUUAUUGGCAAAAUGUUCAAGUCAGCCGAACUUCCAUGGCUAAUAACAUUCUUUCAAAUGUUCUACAACGACAAACCUGUUGACUGGCUACUGGACCAUUUAAUCGACACAAAAGUCUGCAACUGGGACAAGGAUCAGAAACAUUGUAAACAGGAGAAGGCCAAGUACUGGUUUCACUACAAGCCCUCGCUAUUCCAACACAUCGGCACCACUUCAUCGCUCAAGGGUAAAGUGCAGAAACUAAAGGACAAACAAUUUGGCAAGAUUCCCAGUUUCUACCCGCAUCACAACCCACCGGCAUCGGUCAAGACGAACAUAGCGCCCUACAAGAAUUUCCAUCUAAAUCGUGCGUAUCGGGGGGAGUCGUAUUUCUGGGGACUGCUGCCUCAACCGGGUGACUUGGUGCAGUUCGUUUUUAGUCAUCCAAUUAGUUUGAAGAGGUAUCUUUUCCGGAGUGGCAAUAGCGAACAUCCAUCGGAUAGAUUCUACAACACAACGGUAGAGGUUCUUCCGGACUCGUUAACUGAGACAUCGCCAAUUUGGAGUACGUACAAUUCGACGGCUGAUGGAUAUUUGAUUGUGGGUGGUUUUGAUGCUUUCGGAUUGGCAGAGGGUGGUAUUGAUCCGAAGAUUGGAACGAUAAAGGAGAUUCGGCUACAUGUGCAUAGUGACAGUGAAAAUUGGGCGUUAUUGAGUGAGAUUCAUCUACAAGAUACAAGCAAUAACGUCAGGUGACCACCAAAGCCAAUAAUUCGUGGAAAAUUCUCACAACAGGCAUAAACAACACCCGUCUCCAUAUUAAAUAGAGCUUUUGCCAUAAACAAACUAAUAAUUCCUUAAGACUACAAAAUAAAGAAAAUAAACAAACAAAACAAUGAACCAUUAACUAACAAUAAUCUAAAUAUUGUCUACAUUUUGUAAUUAUUGUUAAACGUAAUUUAAAAAAUAAAAUAUUAACAAAAAAACAAAACAAACGAAAAAGAACAACCAAAUGAUUUCCGUUAAAAAGGCGUGUGUAUAUUUUUUGAGUUUAAGCAUGAGCAGGCUUUUAUAUAAAUAUUUAAAUAAAUGUUAGUGCUAACUAUUAAUAUAUUAGAUACAAAAAAAAAACACAUUUUACACUUUAAGAUAUCUAUUAACGCAUUAAAUAUAAAUGUUAAAAAAAAAUAAACUGAAUAACUGUGAUAAAUUAUAAAUGUUAAAUGUAAAACGAAAAAAAAAAAUAAAACAAAAAAUUAAAGUUUUUAUUAAACAAAAAGAAUAAAUUGAUAAAAUGUGGUACUAUACGUGUAGUAAAAAUUUAAUUGAACCAUAAAACAAAAAAUAAAACUUAAAUAGAAUAA